AUGUUGGCUCCAACGCGUUUAGUUACGCCAGCUCUGUUGAGACAACCAAUUUUGGUGAGGGUUGUCACGUUCUCUACAAAAGCAGCACCCAAAGAAAAGGAACAAUAUAACAAACAAACGACAAAUGUGGCGCCCACAACAUAUCGUUUUAUUUAUCCCGAAUUUUUACCCGAUCCCAAGGUGGAGUGGCGUAAUCCCAUAAGGGAAAAAUUGGAACGUAUGGACAUGAUUGAUCGCCGUUCACAAAUUGAAAUUCCAGAAUUUUAUGUCGGCUCUGUAUUGGCGGUGACAAGUUCCGACCCUCAUGCUGCCGGCAAGGUUAGCCGGUUUGUGGGCAUUUGCAUUCAACGUGAACGUUGCGGCUUGCGUGCCCGCUUCAUUUUACGCAAUAUUGUCGACGAACAAGGCGUUGAGGUCCUCUAUGAAAUGUACGAUCCAACCAUACAAAAAAUCGAAGUUCUUCGCUUAGAAAAACGUUUAGAUGAUCAUUUGUUGUAUUUACGUGAUGCCCUACCCGAAUAUAGUACAUUCGAUCCGAAUAUGGAACCUGAAGUUAUGGAAGAUGGUGCCGCGGUCCCAGUUAAUGAUGUCCAGGUUCGCUUACGACCACGUCCCUGGUUGGAACGUUGGGAAAGACAAAAUCUAAAGGGUGUUGCCAAUAUUGAUGAAUACCUUACGGAUAAGAGAAGACGUACCGCGAAGGAACACGAAAAGCCAUGGGAGAAAUAUGAUCUAAUGAAACAGUAUCGUUCGACUAUUCCCGAAGAGGAACAAAAGGAAAUAUAUGCUGAAGUCUAUUCGCAGUUGCAUCAAAUGGAACUGCAGCGUAAGCGAAAUAAACGCAAGAGAUCUUUUGUUAAGCCAACCAAAUUGGCUUAG